CCGUUCAUCAAGCAUCAGCCCGUGCCGAGGUCCCAGUGAAAGUGGAAAGAAACAAACAAACAGCUUUAAAAAUGUUUACGAAGGUGUCCAUCGUUGCUGUCUGCAGUCUGCUAGCCGUAGCGUCCGCUAAGCCACAUGUCCUUACACCCGUUGGUCCUGCCGUCGUUACAGCCCAAAGCUCGCAAGUGUUCGCCCGUACCUACAACGGCUUUGUGCCCUUCGCAGUACCGGCACCCAUCCCGGCGCCAGUCCCAGCGCCAGCCUACCAUUUCGUUCUACCCGCAGCACCGCCAGCGCCCGUGUUCUACCCGCAGCCGGUCGUUUACAAUCCUCCAGCGGCCAUCCCAGUUCCGGUGCCGGUUCCAGCCGUACCCGCCGUACCAGCGGUAGUAGCUGCCGCACCCGCCGCCAAGCUUGUAGCUGCCGCUCCGGUGGCGAAGGUUGCUAAGCUGGUGCGACCGUUCCAUGCUACGAUCCGCUACCGAUCGGUCGUUGCCUAAUCGGGCGCGGUGGACGUGUGUGAUUGCUGCUGGUGGCGGCCCCCAAAUGGCAAAACAUGUGAUUAAGUAGUGCUUAAGCUAAUCAGUGACAUAGAGACUGCAAUCGAAUGGCACUACCUCCUUCGCCGAAGCUGGUGUGCAGGCAGGGCGGCGAUGUACGCUUUUGCUCCAAUAAAUGUACGGUCAAUCUUUGUAUCCCGUGUGAA